UGGUGCUUAUGCUAAUGGGUUGCAGAACGAAAGAAAUGACCUACCAGAUGACAUCAGUUACUUUUUAUUUGGUCCCAAUCGUUGCAGUAGCAACAUCUUCAACCUAACCAAAAGCCCCUUUUUCUCUCUUUCUGCGACUGAAUCAGUGAAUUGAAUCCAACUAGCAUCGAAGCUCAGCAAUUGCAUUGAAUAUAAUUUACCUCCAGUGGCGAGGUUGCAAAUUGGAAGAAGAUGAAAAAGGGACUUCAUCCACAGAAGCAAUGGGUAUCCUACGUUAGACAAACGGGUCUUUGGGAAGUAUGAGUGGCUCUAAUCAAUUUGAAGGAUGAACUGCUGGACUUGUCUACUUUAAUUUUCGAAGGAAGAAAGUGUUCAAAUCACGUUGGAUUUUUGUUCCAUCAUCAUUGUAUCUGAACUUGUGGAAAAUGGCCGCGAAAGAUGAUAAAAAUCUUAUUGAAAUCUUGGAAAACCUGAAUCCAGUAGAUGUUGCUAAAUACAUGAAUUUUGUUAGUGCUCCACAAGCUGGUGCUAUAGCAACAUUUUCUGGCACAACUCGUGACACCUUUGAAGGGAAAACAGUCUUGGAGUUGAGAUAUGAAGCUUAUGUUCCAAUGGCAAUACGUUGUAUCAACAUGAUCUGUUCAUCUGCCAGAGCAUCCUGGAACCUACAUUCCAUCGCUGUUGCUCACCGUAUAGGCACGGUGCCUGUGGGUGAAACAAGUGUCUUCAUUGCAGUCUCAUCUGUCCACAGGGCAGAUGCACUAGAGGCAUGUAGAUUUUUGAUAGAUGAGAUAAAAGCCAAAGUUCCUAUUUGGAAAAAGGAGGUCUAUUCAAAUGGGGAGGUUUGGAAGGAGAACAGUGAGUUCCUAGAGAGGAGGUCCGAACUUGGUAACAAGGAUGCAGGUUGCUGUGGUAGAAAGGUAGUAAUUAAAGAGCAGACCAAAAAGGCUUGUUGUGGGACUAAGGUUCAGGUUGAUGAUCAAGCUAAUGAGGCGUCACAUGAAAAAAAUAGAGGAGGAGAUGGAAGAUAAGGCUAUAGAUUCCAUUGCUGUUACUGAAGGUCAGAGAAAAAGUGAAGAUGCUAUUCAAGGAGUAAGUGUUUUCCAAUUUCCUUGUAAAGGAUAUAUUCUCCAAUUGAUGUAAUUACUUUGUUUGGUGAUAUAAUGUAUUAGUGGAGCAAUCUUUGAAGUUUGAGUUGACUUGUGAUAGACUUAACUGAAAUCAGUAAACAUUCAUUUCCCCAUGGUAA